AUGUUUUAAUCUCUAUUGAAUUUAAAAUAUUCAUGGUAACAAAGUAGUAAGGAAGAUAUAAAUAACAAAGAAUUGGUCGAUGCCGCAAUAAGCAUUUUAGGCUUCAGUAUAAAAAAUCUGCCUUCUGAAAAGAAAAAAGAAAUUAUUCAACAAAUAUAUAGUCGAACAAUAUGGUUUACAUAUCGUAAAAAUUUCCCUUAAAUUUUAAACAGCUAAUAAACUUCUGAUGCUGGUUGGGGUUGUAUGUUAAGGUCAGGCUAAAUGAUAUGGGCUUAGAUUUUGAGAGUUCAUAUUAGGUAAAAGAAAUAGCAUAGCAAAGAUUAUCAAUAUAAAUUACUUUGCGCUUUUUCAGAUGAUGAUGAUGAUGAACAUAAAAAAAUGUUUACAGAUAAUUUCAAACUUUGUUUAAGCCCUUAUUCAAUACAAAAAAUUGAAGCCAUAUCAUAAAUAAAAUUUUCUAUGAAGCCCUGUUAAUGGUAUAGACCUGAUUAGAUUUUGAAUGCACUAUCAUUAUUACAUUAAUAAAAAUAACUUGAAGGAAGUGAAGAUUUAGAAAUAACUAUAUCUGAUAGUCUGCUGUAUGAUAGAUUGUAUUCAGAAAUGUAUGGUCUAAAAAUGGAUUGUGAACAUAUAGUUAAUGAAAUAAAAUAAGAUAAAAAUAAAGAAAUAUCAAAAAUCUGUAAUAUUUGCCAAAAGAAAGAUCCAAAAGCUUUAGCAAUCUUUUUCAUAACAAGAAUUGGAUUGGAUGAAAUUAAUAAGGAAUAUUUACCUUUUUUAAAUGAUUUAAUAGAUUUGCCACAAUUUUAAGGGAUUAUAGGAGGAAGAGAUGAUAAAGCCUAUUACAUUCUUGGAAGAGUAAACAAACGAUUAAUUUAUUUGGAUCCUCACUAUAUCUAGGAACAUAUUAAUAGAGGGAAUGUUGUGAUGCUGAAAGAUACUUUCUUUUGUAAAGAUGUUAAAUAUAUUAAUGAGGAAUAAAUGAGUCCAUCCAUAGCUUUGGGAUUUUACUGCUAAAAUCAAUCAGAAUUAGAUAAAUUCUUUAAUUCUAUUGAAUAAAUUAAAAAGAAUUACGAUAAUGAAAAAACCUUUGGUUAUAUUAGUAGGAUAACUCCAAACUCGUAUAUCAUUGGAUUUGAUGAAAAUGAUAUUCUUGUGAUUAAAGAAGAUGAAAUUUGA